AAUAGUGUUCAGACUUUUACUCUAGAGAGUCACUAGCAAAGUGUCACAUUUGUAGUUUUACGAGUGUUUAAAAAUGACGGAGGAGAAAAUUGGCUCGUUAGAGGAAGAGGCUUUAAAGAGAAAGGAACGGCUUCAGGCGCUCAAGAGAAAGAAUGAAGAAGUCAAAGAAAAUACAAAUGAUGCAGUCGAAAAUUUACCGAAACCGAAAUUUCGGAGUUAUAAGCCGCAAGACGAAGGUUUGAAGAAUAAUAUGGUAGAGGAUGCAAAACCUGGAGAUGUCGAGACUGUAGUUAAAGAACAAUUGGACGCUGCGAAGAGUAAAGUAGUUAUCGAGGAACUGGAUAUCAGUAAUUUAGCACCAAGAAAGCCUGAUUGGGAUCUAAAACGGGAUAUAGCCAAAAAAUUGGAAAUAUUAGAGAGGAGAACGCAGAAAGCGAUAGCAGAAGAAGUGAGAGCACGUCUCAAACAAGGUCAACAAGAUUUAGCAGCUUAUGUAAAUAAUCCUGAAAAAGCAUGAUAGUAUUGUUAUCAAAAAUGUGUAUAUUUUGUAAUGUAUUGCGUAUUUUGUUAUUUAUAGAAUAUAUAUUUAAUAAUCAA